AGUCGUAUCGUUCCACGGCGUUCGUACAACGCAACCCUGCUAGUUCAAGGGAACAUCUAAUUCGCAGGAAUGAGGACAAUCGUUCUAUUGGCCGUGAUCGCAUUCGGAGGUGUGUCACUGAUCAUGGGAGACACUAAUCACCGCCACCAUUACGGAGUUUCAUUUGAAGACGGUACAUGCAAGUACCGCAAUCUAACAGUCAACGAUGGAGGUUUGAAAAUACUUCAGUACCCUUGUGAACGCUGGUUUUGCAAUGUAACAGCAAAAACACUUACAGUUGAAGGGUGCAAUGUCAGACCCUACGAAAGUUGCGACUUCGUGCACAACCCUUUUUACUACUGGCCAUCUUGCUGUCCCCGUCGUCCGGUCUGCUAA